UAUCAAUGUUGGUGAAAUCGGCCCUUAGGCGGGUAAUUGACUCAGUGCUGGAUGCAACUCAUACUUUGCUGUGUUUGAAAGAGUGCCUUAUGGAGCUUUGUAAACGAGGGACUUUAAAUGCCCCCAAAGAAGAAAAUCCAAUGGAUUUGAAUCUGGUGACCUGGGUGGCCAUGACUGUGGACCUGUGCGCCAGAUCCAGUUUUCUCCAAAAGUUGCUUCCAAAAUUUGGCGAGCUACUAUGCUGCAGUGAGGUGGAUCCCCAGCGUGCAUAAGCCAUAUUAUUGUAUACAGG